AUGGCACUCAGCUACCCCGAAGGGAACAUGAACAGAGCCAGGUGCGGAGUAGGCACCACGCCCAUGAAACCAGCCCAGACCAAUUGGAGGGCACUUGCGCACAUGGCUGCGAGAAUUCCCAAUCCCGUGUACACAUCAAAAGCAGGUUACGACGUCAAUCCUGACCACAAGAAGAUGUUGUCUCACCUCUGCAAGAAGGUUUUGCUCGCCACAGGUGUGCUGAUCACCGUGGCCAUGGUCAUACUGUUGGCAUAUCUUACAGGAGCGGUGAUCGAGCUCCAGAAGAAGACUGCGCUACUCGAAGCAGACCUGAAAAGAGAAAUGGUCCACAUAGGGCUGUUGGGCCUCCUGGGACAGCCGGAGAAUAUGGCCCUGUUGGGCCUCCUGGCCCACCCGGUGAAAGGGGACCUCCAGGAGAAACGGGCCACAUGGGGCCAGCUGGCCCUGCGUCUGUUGGGCCUCCUGGGCCACCUGGUGACAGGGGACCUCCAGGCUACUAAGAAGUGGCGUGAUGACUGGCAAUGCGGGCAGGGCUACCCCGCUGAAGACGGUAACCCUGCUGAAUGCGACCCGGCAAGUAUUAACCCGUGCUGCUCCCCGGGAAACUGGUGCGGCAACACCACAGCCCACUGUGACUGUCUGGCUUGUGUUGACUACAGGAACACAGUUGUUUGUCCCGAACGUUACAACCAGUGGCGCGGAACCUGCUACAGAGCCUUCACCGUACACAAGACCUUCAGCCAAGCGGCCGCGACCUGCCGUCUUGACGGCGGCACCCUCGCCAUGCCCCGGGACGCUGAUGCCUACGCCUUCCUCAUCUCCUCCUAUACCUGCGCGUCCGGGUCUUUCUUUUGGAUCGGCCUGAACGACCAACGCCAAGAAGGCACCUUUGAGUGGAUGGAUGGUACUCCACUGGGCAAUUUCAGGUACGAAACAACAACAUAG